AAGCAGCCUGAACUGCAGAGCGAUUUCAACGCUGUAGCGUAGUAAAAAAAACCUGGCCCGUAACAUAACUUGGGAACGAGGACUUUAAGCGUCUUUUUCGGACACCGAUACCCCUUAUUAAAAAAAACUGCACUGAAUGUGGCGAUAUUAGCGACGAGUCUGAGACCAAACCAGAAUUGGAACGUCAGCGUGCUUGUCCGUACAGCUUCUGAGCCAUCAGGUUGAGUCUCGCAGGGUUCAGGGGUGCAGUGCAAAUUCUGCCUUGGAAAUUGUCUUUGACUCUUCACUUAUUAUCCAAAAUGGAGGACGACCGUGCCCAAGUCGAUCUGGGCAUAGCGGCCGAUAUUGAAGAAGCUCAUGGCUCGCAACAAGCCGCUGCAAUCAGGCAGCCAAAGAAGCGGUUCGUCGGGAGGAGGACGGCUGACGCUACGGCAAAGUCUGGGAACAAUGCUACUACCGGAGGAGGCACUGGGGCAGUUCAGGUUACCACAGCGGCUCAGCCAAGGCGACCACCAAGGCUGCUGAACCAAGUACCUCCGGAGAUACUAAACGACCCGGAGCUCAAGGCUGCGCUAGCACUCCUGCCCGCCAACUAUUCCUUCGAGGUUCCCAAGACUAUCCACCGCAUUCGUACCCUGGGGGCCAAGAAGGUUGCGCUGCAGAUGCCAGAAGGCCUGCUCAUGUUUGCCACCACAAUCUCGGACAUCCUCACCCAGUUCUGCCCCGGAAUCGAGACGCUCAUCAUGGGCGAUGUUACCUAUGGGGCAUGUUGUAUCGAUGACUACACAGCACGGGCCAUGGGCUGUGAUUUGCUCGUCCACUACGCCCACAGCUGCCUCAUCCCCGUUGACGUGACCAAGAUCAAGACACUAUACGUCUUUGUCGAUAUCAGUAUCGACACCACCCACUUGCUCGCAACGCUCGAGCGGAACUUCUCGCCGGGGAAGACGGUAGCAAUGGUUGGGACCAUCCAGUUCAACGCCACGAUCCACGGAGUCAAGUCGACGCUCGAGAAGGCCGGCUUCAAGGUCGUGGUCCCGCAGAUCGCGCCGCUGUCGAAGGGCGAGAUCCUCGGUUGCACGUCGCCGAACCUGUCGACGUACACCGAUGCCACGGUCGACCUGAUCCUGUACCUCGGCGACGGCCGCUUCCACCUGGAGAGCAUCAUGAUCCACAACCCCAGCAUCCCCGCUUACAGGUAUGAUCCGUACUCGAGGAAGCUGACCCACGAGACCUACGGGCACGACGAGAUGCAGGACCUGAGGCGCGAGGCCAUCCGGACCGCAAAGGGGGCCAAGAAGUGGGGCCUCAUUCUGGGGUCUCUGGGGAGGCAGGGCAACCCCCACACGAUGGCUUUGAUAGAGAGCAAGCUGAAGCAGAAUGGCAUCCCCUUUGUCAACCUCCUGCUCAGCGAGAUCUUCCCGGGGAAGUUGGCGUUGAUGGACGAUGUAGAAUGCUGGGUUCAGGUGGCCUGCCCGCGGUUGAGCAUCGACUGGGGAUAUGCGUUCCCUCGGCCAUUAUUGACACCUUAUGAAGCCUUGGUGGCGCUGGAAGAGAGAAAAGAUUGGGGAGACGGAGUCUAUCCUAUGGACUACUACGGCAAGGACGGUCUAGGCAGGACGAAGCCGCUGAGUCUCGUCGAGGCUACUUGA